AUGCCAGCAGCAGAUGUCACUCAAGAUAACACCGACGCUCGAGUCGACGAAACAACCGCCCUCCUUGCUCCGUCCGCGGAUCAACCCACCACUCCUGAAGAUGGUGACCACGAGAACCAAGUCCCCAACGGCGCCAAUGGCAAGGGAGAAGACAAGCCGUUGCCCAAGGACCAGAUCUUCCUUCUCUGCUUUGCCCGCCUGAUUGAACCCGUCGCUUUCUUCUGCAUCUUCCCUUUCGUCAAUCAGAUGAUAUGGGAGACUGGGGAAGUGGCGGAGACGGACGUUGGAUUUUACAGCGGAUUGAUCGAGUCAUUGUUCUCAUUGACGCAAAUGGUGCUCAUGAUUCCCUGGGGCAAAGCCGCCGACCACUUUGGAAGAAAACCUGUCCUCGUCAGCUCGCUGGGUGGCGUGGCAAUAGCAACUGCCACCUUCGGACUGAGCAAGACAAUAUGGCAGAUGGUCUUGUUUCGAUGCUUUGCAGGGAUCUUUGCCGGCACAAUUGUGACUAUCCGCACAAUGAUCACCGAAAACAGCACGCACAAGACCCAGGCCAGAGCAUUCAGCUUCUUCGCCUUCACGGGGAAUCUGGGUAUUUUCCUAGGUCCUUUGCUUGGGGGCGCGCUCGCAAAUCCAGCGAAGGUAUACCCGUCUGUGUUUGGACAUAUCAAGUUCUUCCACGAAUACCCCUAUGCGCUACCUACGUUUGUGACUGGCUCGAUCGGUGUGAUUGCAACCAUCACCAGCGCGAUUGGUCUCAAAGAAACACUUGUCCGCUCUCCGAAGAAGUCGUCCACUGGCUCCCAGAAAGAGAUGUCCAUACUCGCUCUCCUCCGCUCUCCUAAUGUCCCGAUCACCCUGUAUAUAUACGCGCAUAUCAUGCUCCUGGCCUUCUCCUACACGGCCAUCGCGCCGGUCUUCUUCUUUACCCCGGUCCACCUCGGCGGCUUCGGGUUUUCCCCCUUCCUCAUCUCGCUCUUCAUGGGACUGGGUGGCCUCUCCCAGUCGCUGUGGCUCCUGAUCGCGUUCCCCUGGCUCCAGGCCCGCUGGGGCACCAAGAGCGUUAUGGUGCUCUGCGCGACCGCCUACCCGGUCUUCUUCGCCCUGUAUCCCGUCUGCAACCUGCUGCUACGAUACCACGUGACAGCGGCGUUCUGGACCGUCGCCCCCAUUUCACUGGUGGUCGGAAGCGGCGUUUCCAUGUCCUUCACCGCCAUCCAGCUCGUCUUGAACGACGUCUCGCCCGGCCCGGAGGUACUCGGCACACUGAACGCCGUGGCGCUAACCCUGGUGAGCGGCAUAAGGGCCUUCUCGCCAGCCCUAUUUGCCAGCUUAUUCGCCACUAGCGUACGGAGUCGUGUCCUCGGUGGACAUGUGAUUUGGAUCUUGAUGGUCGUGUUGGCGCUGGGGUUCACGCUCAUCAGCCGCUGGAUCCCCGAGCCCGGGAAAGGGGAGGGGACACCCAAGCCGGUCAAUGCUCACGGAACAGGCAAUGGAAUCGCCAAUGGAGCGGCGGAGGAGUGA